AUAUUGGCCAUUUGCUCCAAGCAUCGAGUAAUGGCACUGGUACACUGUAGCGCUGGUUAUGGCUCCAAGCUCCGCCCACUGUUCUAGAACGUUCCGAGCGUUCCGGGAUGCUCCCUUUAAAACUAUCCCAGUAAGCAACAUCGACACUAGCUCAUCACGUGAUUCGGCCUCUACGCACGUGUGGUGAGCCUAGCUGCCAGGGUCUCCUUUUAACGCUCUCUGUGGACAUUUCUCAAAAAAGAUAAUUGCCAAAAUGCUCACCGCAGCACGAGUAUCAUCUCGAUCAGUUCUAAACUCAAACUCCGUCUCGGAGAGUCUUUUAAAACGUAGUCUGGUGACUCUUACUUCCAAGGACACCUUGGUACACAGAAGGGAUGCCAUUGGACAGCAACUUAGGAACAAGUCGGACCAGGUGAAGGGUGCGGUGAUUGGCAUUGACCUGGGCACAACCAACUCGUGUGUAGCAGUGAUGGAAGGGAAGACGCCCAAGGUGAUUGAGAAUGCCGAGGGUUCACGUACCACCCCUUCGGUGGUCGCAUUUACUGCGGACGGUGAGCGACUGGUGGGCAUGCCGGCCAAGCGUCAGGCGGUGACCAAUGCGUCCAACACCCUCUCUGCCACCAAGCGCCUUAUCGGGCGCAAGUUCGAUGACUCGGAGGUGAAGAAGGACAUGAAGACGCAGUCCUACAAGAUAGUGAGAGCGUCCAACGGUGACGCAUGGGUGGAGGCACAUGGCAAGAUGUAUUCCCCUAGCCAGAUUGGAGCAUUUGUGCUUAUGAAAAUGAAGGAGACUGCUGAGGGCUACCUGGGUCAUAGCGUCAAGAAUGCAGUGGUCACAGUUCCGGCCUACUUCAACGACUCCCAGCGGCAGGCCACCAAAGAUGCGGGUCAGAUUUCUGGUCUAAAUGUGCUGCGAGUCAUCAACGAACCAACUGCUGCAGCCUUGGCUUAUGGCAUGGACAAGACAGAAGAUAAGAUCAUUGCAGUAUACGAUCUUGGAGGCGGGACCUUCGACAUUUCUGUCCUGGAGAUUCAAAAAGGCGUCUUCGAAGUGAAGUCAACCAAUGGCGACACUUUCCUGGGUGGAGAGGAUUUUGACAAUGCCCUUGUGAAGUUUCUUGCAGAUGAGUUCAAAAAAGAGCAAGGUAUCGACGUUACCAAGGACAACAUGGCCAUGCAGCGGCUGAAGGAAGCAGCAGAGAAGGCCAAGAUUGAACUGUCCUCCUCCGUUCAGACGGACAUCAACCUUCCUUACCUGACGAUGGACCAGUCUGGCCCAAAGCACAUGACCCUCAAGCUCUCUCGCUCCAAAUUUGAGGGCCUGGUGGGGGAUUUAAUUCGUCGCACGGUAGAUCCCUGCAAAAAGGCGAUGUCCGACGGCGAGGUCAAGCGCACUGACAUUGGCGAAGUGCUGCUGGUUGGCGGCAUGACCCGGAUGCCCAAGGUGCAGGAAACUGUACAGGAGAUCUUCGGCAAACAGCCUAGCAAAGCCGUAAACCCAGAUGAAGCUGUUGCUGUUGGCGCUGCCAUCCAGGGUGGUGUCUUGGCAGGGGACGUGACAGAUGUCCUUCUUCUCGAUGUGACCCCACUUUCGCUUGGAAUUGAAACGCUGGGAGGAGUAUUCACCAAGUUAAUCAACAGAAAUACUACCAUUCCAACCAAGAAGAGUCAGGUGUUUUCAACAGCUGCUGAUGGACAGACACAGGUGGAGAUCAAAGUACACCAGGGAGAGCGUGAAAUGGCCAGCGACAACAAGCUCUUGGGACAGUUCAGUCUGGUGGGAAUUCCGCCAGCUCCCCGUGGAGUGCCCCAGAUUGAGGUGACUUUCGACAUUGAUGCCAAUGGCAUUGUCCACGUGUCUGCACGAGAUAAGGGCACUGGCAAGGAGCAACAGAUUGUGAUCCAGUCAUCGGGCGGCUUGAGCAAAGAAGAAAUAGAGAACAUGAUCAAGAACGCUGAGCGUUAUGCUCAAGAAGACCGACAGAAGAAAGAAACUGUGGAGGCAGUGAAUCAGGCGGAGAGUAUUAUCCACGACACCGAGUCAAAGAUGGACGAAUUCAAGGAUCAGUUACCUGAAGAAGAGUGUUCAAAGUUGAAAGAGAAAAUCACCAAAGUGCGGGAAAUUUUGAGCAAUAAAGAGAAGGAGUCGCCAGAGUCGAUAAAGCAGGCAACCACUGACCUGCAACAGGCUUCCUUGAAGCUCUUUGAAAUGGCAUACAAGAAGAUGGCAUCCGAGAGGGCAAGUUCCGAAUCAUCAGGAAGCAGUGACAGUAGUAGCAGCACCAGUGAUAAUGCCGAAAAGAAGGAAGAAAAGAACUAAGCAUUGGCUAUAGUUACAUAUAAUUAGCACCAGCAAGCCUGCUUGACUGUGGAGACAUCUCAUCUGAUAGGGAAGUUUCAUGGAUUGCCUACUGUCAUACAUGGAUCAUGUUAAGUCCACCGUUCCCAAGAAAUAUUUAGCAGUGGCAACUGCAAGUUUAGAAUGUUGCACAUGCAGAACACUUUUUUCUUCAUAAUUACGGAUGUUACUGUCAUUAUCUUUGGGAAGAUGUGGUGAUUGCCUUGUAACGUUCCCAUUUCUGCUCCUUGCCUUCAGUUGUACAGUAAAGAGAAGUAGUGUCCGUUUCUUUA